UACGCAGUAAAACACGUUUUUAUUUUUCAUUCAGAUUCAAUACACGACAAACGUUCAUUUUGGCCUCUAUAUUAAAUGUUUUGUGUUUUUCUAAGCAAAUUACGUACACGCAAACACGAGAAGUGUAAUGGAGAAUUUCAUAUAUUACCGUUUACUUGGAUAUGUGGUGACAAUAUGUACGCAUCUUGCCAACUUCGCUGUGGUGACGUCACGGCUGCAACAGAAACUGCCAACCAAUCCUGAACUGACUAUAUUUCUGAACCUACAAUACCGAUACCUCACAGUGUGGACUGCGGUUUUUCAGUUGACCUACGCCAUUGUUGGUCUGGUGUGUGAUACCUUAACAGUAAUAGGAAAAAACUCACCGAGACUUAAAACUAUUAGAGAAUCCAGUAAUAAAUAUUUCUCGGCCAUCGUACUACCCUACACAGUGCUGGUCUUCACACUGUUCUGGCCCAUUUAUUUCUACGACAAGCCACUCGUGUUCCCACCAAAGGGCAACAUGAUCAUAAGUUGCACUUCAAACAUUAUCUUUCACGCGUUCAUACUACCCGUUGUCGUAUGGGAGUUGAUAUUUCAAAGGAAAACAACGAAUGUUUCACAUAAACAGAACUGUUUAUAUAUUUUUCUGAUGUACGUGACAUAUAACAGCGCGUUAUUUUAUACGCGCUAUGGAGAUUAUGGUGUUUGGCCGUACCUUGUCUUGAAGGUACUGGAAGGUACAAUAUUUUUCCCAUUAUUCUUUUUAUACAUAUUAAUAGUACUAUACGUCGGUUACUUUACACAAUGGCGUAUAAAGUCUACCGUCUGGGAACGUAGGGACAAAAGUUGUAUAAAACAAUCUUAAUAUUUAAUUAAUUAUUAAUUACAAAUAACUUAAUAAUUAAUUACUUUUAUAUUUUGCAUUAUUAUACUAAAUUAUUUUUUAA